CAACAUUCAAUUUUACUUCCCUCCAGAAAACUCUGUCAUGGUUUUAAUAGGAAGAGCAGCUCUGACGUUCUGUUAAAUGUCUCCUUUGAUGCUCCAAUUGAAGAAAGAAAGUCCUACGUGUUUACAAGAACAUGAGGACGUGCGUGAGACGAGCGAGAUGAGAAUCUUCUCAGUCAGAGGAAAUCCAGCAUGUAAUCCUGCUCAGCUCAUCACUUUGAGACCUGAAUUACGUAACACUCAGCACACAGCUUCCUGGACGUGAUGUCAAUCAACAGCCACUGUCCCACCUACAUCAAGACCGAACCAUCAAGUCCUUCCUCCCUGUCGGACAGUCUGACCCAGCACAGUCCCGGGGCAUCGUCGGAUGCUGGGAGCAGCUACAGUUCAGUAACUAAAGGGAUCCCAACAGGUCUGGACUCACCCGGUUCAUACUCUGCAGUUGAAGCAGUGCUCAGGCCUCCCGGCGCCCCCUGCAGGCUGCUGGAGCAAACGCAGGUGAAGAGCGGACACGGGCUGAGCUCAGGCCCCAAACGCCUGUGUCUCGUGUGUGGAGACGUUGCAUCUGGGUUCCACUAUGGAGUGGCUUCCUGCGAGGCCUGCAAAGCCUUCUUCAAACGCACCAUUCAAGGUAAUAUAGAGUACAGUUGUUCAGUCAGUAGAGAUUGUGAGAUCACUAAAAGGAGGAGGAAGUCCUGUCAGGCCUGCCGCUUCACUAAGUGUCUGUCUGUGGGAAUGCUGAGAGAAGGUGUGCGUUUGGACCGGGUGCGAGGAGGGCGCCAGAAAUAUAAGAGGAGAAUUGACUCUGAUUCCAGCGUCUACCUCAGCGUACCGCCACCUCACAGAAAACCACUGUCCUGCAGAGGUCAGGGGGAGAAUAAGGUGGUGACCCUCCUGUUGGGGGCGGAGCCAGAGAAGGUGUGUGCCAUGCCUGACCCCGCCCUCCCUGACAGUGACAUCAAAGCUCUGACGACCCUGUGUGACCUCGCCGACAGAGAGCUCGUGCUGAACAUCAGCUGGGCCAAACACAUACCAGGUUUCUCCAGCCUCUGUCUGUCGGAUCAGAUGAGUCUCCUGCAGAGCGCUUGGAUGGAGAUCCUCAUCCUGCGCGUGGCUUUCAGCUCGCUGCCUUGCGAGGACAAGCUGGUGUUUGCGGAGGAUUACAUCAUGGAUGCUGAACAGGCAAAAUCAGCAGGUCUGCUGGAGCUCCACAUGGCCAUAUUACAGCUGGUGCGCAGGUACAGAUCCAUGAGGCUGGAGAGAGAAGAGUUCGUCACUCUGAAAGCCAUCGCUCUCGCCAACUCAGACUCGAUGCAUAUAGAGGACGUGGAGGCCGUUCAGGGUCUUCAGGACUCUCUCCAUGAGGCUCUUCUGGAUUACGAGUGUGUCCAUCACAGGGAGGACCCUCGACGGACGGGGAAACUCAUCAUGACCCUUCCGCUCCUCCGCCAGACCUCUGCCAAAGCCGUGCGGCACUUCUUCAGCAUCAAACAGGACGGACGCGUCCCCAUGCACAAACUAUUUCUUGAACUUCUGGAGGCCAAUGUCUGAUCCUUAACCCGAUUGGACCAUCAAACUGAGGUGACACAAAUGGCUGAAAGGAUUGUUCACAAAUCCAUGGGGAAAAAUAGGCGCUUGUUGUGACAUAUAACAGGAUAUACUCCAUCAAAUACAGUUUCAUAUAGUUGAGGAUUGAUAGAUAACAAACAAAAAAGAAGUAUCAAAUAAACACUACUGUUCAAAAUUGGUUGGUAAGAUUUUUUUUAAAAACUUUCUAUUCAUUAAAUAAUGCAUCAACCUGAAAAAUGCAUCACGGUUUCCACAAAAAUCAUCAGCACAACUGUUUUCAAGAUUGAUAAUAAUCAUAGAUGUUUCUUGCGCAUCAAAUCGGCAUAUCAGAAUGAUUUCUGAAGGAUCAUGUGACACUGAAGACUGGAGUAAUGAUGCUGAAAAUUCAGCUUUCGUCACAUGAAUAAAUGACAUUUUCAAAUAUUUUAAAAUAGAAAACAGUUAUUUUAAAUUACAAUAUUUUUUCACAGUAAUUUACUGUAUUUUUUGAUCAAAUAAAUACAGGCUUGGUGAGCAUAAGAGAUGUAUUUCAAAAACAUGAAAAAAUCUUACUGACCCCAAACUUUUAAAUCAGUGUGCUGGAUGUGAAUAUGGUUGAAUUAAUGGUGAAACUAUUAAUUUGUUAAUUAAUGGUUUUUAUUUAUUUAAUUUAUUCAGUAUAAAGAGCAUUUCAUUUGCUAAAAAAAAAAGUUUUCAAAAGAGUUCUAUCAUAGUAGACAGCGUCAGCCUUGCCAAAUAAAUAAUAGUCAAUAAUUGCUCUCCUGACACAAAUAUGAAGGAAAAAAGUGAUCAAUCUACUCAAAUCAUAAAUAUGAUGUAUAGAUUAACAACAUUUAUGUGUGAAAACAUCAAACAGGCGUACCAAAGCACUUUUGAUAUUUUAACUAAUAGAUUAUGUACUAAUAAUUACAUUACUAAUGAUUGCAGCUUUUGUUUGUUCCAUUUUUAACACGUUUUACCACAUACAACUUUUUAGCACACCAAAUUGGAAAGUUCUUGCUCAUUAAAUGACAGAAAAGCCAUAGCAAUAUCUAUUCUCAGCCAUUCACAGAGAUGUGAAAGUAUGUGUUUAAGCAAUAACUGAAUGUUUUAACGGUACAUUUAAUUGAAUUCAUUCUUAAAUUAGAUCCAGCUCAAAGGGAAGGUUCACUCAAUAAAAUUCUGUCAUCAUUUACCCAUUCAUGCUGUACUGUUCUGAGGCAUUUCUUACAUGUUGUUUUAUGUAAUAUUUAUGCGCUGAUUGUUGUCUGUCAGGCAUUGUGAUGAUCAGAUAUAAAUGAAUACGUUUACCAUAAUAAAUGAAACACUACAAGAUAGAAUAAUGAACAUCAUUUUCUGAUAACGUUAUUCUGUCUCUGAGGAUUUCUGGGUCUGUUAUUUAUGACAGCCGCAGUUGUGUGUGUGAUUUUCACUGUUUCUGCUUGUGAAGGGUUUGUGGAUGUUGUACGAUGCUCUCAUGAACAAUAAUGUACGUUUGUCUUCUCAUCUGUUUGAUUAUAUGCAAUGAAGUUUUUUUUAAAUAAAUUGCAAAAAUUAUAUAAAGAUAUUCAAUAAUAAUGCAUUAAAUAAUGGACUUCUCUUACAUUCUGACAUCUGUGUUUUUCAUCUUUGAUUUGAAGACUUGAGCUGUUUUAACAGCAGAAAGGAUUUCUGCUUGGAGAGCAAACACCGGUCAGGGUUACAUUCACAAAAAAUAAGCAGAUUACUCUGCUUAUGAGCUGUGUCACAUUCAUUUGUGUUCAAACACAAAAAUGUCUAAUUAUAUUAUUUAUUUCUGGAUUA